AUGGAGAGUGCAAGAAUCAGCCACUGGUUAAAUCUUCUAGUUUGUGUACUGCUAUUGCUCAAGGCAGAAGGAUCUUCAGUUCCAUUGACUUUGGUCAAGAAUUCAGAAACAAAAGGAGCUGUUUGUUUGGAUGGAAGUCCACCAGCUUACCACUUUGAUAAGGGAUUUGGAAAAGGGAUUAACAACUGGAUUGUUCACAUUGAGGGAGGAGGAUGGUGCAACAAUGUCACGAGUUGCCUUGACCGUAAGAACACUACCUUAGGUUCAUCUAACCACAUGUCGGAUAUUUCCUUUUAUGCAAUUUUAAGCAAUCAGCAACAGUUUAAUCCAGAUUUCUACAAUUGGAAUAGAGUCAAGGUUAGGUACUGUGAUGGUUCAUCGUUUACUGGUGAUGUGGAAGAAGUUGAUCCAACAACCAAUUUGCACUUCAGAGGAGCAAGAAUUUUUUCAGCUGUAAUGGAAGAAUUACUAGCAAAAGGAAUGAAGAACGCUAAAAAUGCUAUUCUCUCUGGCUGUUCAGCUGGAGGAUUGACUACUAUAUUACACUGUGAUAGCUUUAAAGCUUUGUUGCCUUCUAGAGCUAAUGUGAAAUGUGUUCCAGAUGCUGGUUAUUUUGUCAAUGUAGAGGAUAUUUCAGGAGCACAUUCCUUUCAAGAGUUCUACAGUGAAGUUGUUUCAAUACAUGGUUCAGCAAAGAAUUUACCCACAUCUUGCACUUCAAAACUCAACCCAGCACUGUGUUUUUUUCCACAAUAUGUGGCAUCACAUAUCAGUACCCCAAUCUUCGUUGUUAAUUCAGCCUAUGACUGGUGGCAGGCUUCAAAAGUGAAUUCCAAAGGGCAUUGAGUGAGGUAGGAGAUUCUCCAUCUAAAGGAAUGUUUAUUGACUCUUGCUAUGCCCACUGCCAAACAGAAACACA